GCCAUUUUGCGCCGCCAGCAGCCAGACCGGAAGUGCGCUUGCCCCUGGUCACGUGACACGGAGCUGCGCUGUUCACGUGAUGAGGAAGAUGGCGGGCUGGCCAAUCAGGAAGUGGGAGCUGCCGGUGGCUGCGCAGAGGGGUUUGGAGCAGGGUCUGGCGAGGAGGGCAGGUGGGCAUCGAGGGGAACCCGUGGUGGAAGAGGGGAGAGCCCCACAGAUCCUGACCAAGUGUGGAUCCCCAGGGAGAAGCCAGCUCCUGCAGGGGGGCCUGGGGACAUCUGGGUGCACAAGUAUGCAGUUGAACCAGGCCACAGCGCUGCUCACGCUCUGCCUGUGGGCGCUUUGCCAGCCAGCGUUGGGCACUGAGGGCAAGAGAAAGCUGCAGAUUGGUGUCAAGAAGCGGGUGGAGAACUGCCCCAUCAAAUCCCGCAAGGGAGAUGUGCUGCACAUGCAUUACACCGGCAAGCUAGAAGAUGGGACCGAGUUUGACAGCAGCAUCCCACGUGACCAGCCCUUCAUCUUCUCGCUGGGGACGGGCCAAGUCAUCAAAGGCUGGGACCAAGGCCUGCUUGGGAUGUGCGAGGGUGAGAAGAGGAAAUUGGUGAUUCCCUCCGAGCUGGGCUACGGGGACCGAGGGGCUCCACCCAAGAUCCCAGGUGGUGCAACACUGAUCUUCGAGGUGGAGCUGCUGAAGAUUGAGCGGCGACCGGAGCUGUAGGCAGGCAGCGUUGGCUGUGGGUGGGUGGGGAAGAGGGCUGGGGGGCCUGGGCUUGGUGGGGGGAAAGAUGGUGUGUGCACACAGUCACAUGGGGGCAGAGGGGUGUUCAAAAAAAAAAUCCUGGAAGAUCAAAAAUAAAAGCACAGACUGGA